AUGUCUUCAGAAGGACACUUUCCAGCUACUCCAGAAGGAAAAGGCAAAGAAAGAGAGAAACCGAGUGACAUGAUAGCAGAAGAUGUUGUCCAACCGCCAGAAGUUGACCUCCCCAUCACUCGUCCACUACGAUUGGGCGAUAUUCCCAGCUUGAAACAGCCUCAUGUUGAGGACCUCAUUAUCGAUGAGGUAAUGGAGCAAGCUGUCCAACGCAGGAUAUUGGACGAGGCGGUGCCCUACGACUUACUGACCAGGUCGUCAAGUGUCGGGCUUCUACCGACCAGACAAGCUUUGUCCACGUUCCAGAGACACAGACCGCGCUUUCCUUUCAAUAGUGCGCAGAUCCCAGCUAUGAACGAGGUGUGGCGAAGGCCUGUCACUUCUAGUCACUAUCGCAGAAGGGAAGAUGUGCGUAUUCCCCACGACCUGGAUAGUCGAGUUGAGAGUGGUGUAAUGAAUGAUCAAGAGCUCAUGAAACAUGUCCGGAAGCAAUAUUCGGCUGAUAUUAUACGCCGAUCACGGUCCUCUAGUUCUGCUCGGUAUUGUUCAGUGAGACAAUAUGAAAACCCAGGUGAGGGAGCAUCGUUACAAGAUCGGAACUGGUAUAGGACCGGCAAUUAUGGUGAAUCAUACGUUGAAAAUGACCUUGAUGAGGAGGAUAUGGAUCUGAAAACAGACGCGAUCAUCGCUGGUGUGCUCGCGUCUCAACUUGAGAACCAGGAAGCUGAGGAAGACGUGGAGGACAUGGAAGACGAGGGGGGUGAUCCGCCAUCACACACCGGUUGGCAUGAAGUCGAAGAUCGGAUACCUGACACAGUGGCAGAGGACCGAGAUUCUCGAGAAGACAUACGAGGGGAACAAGGGCGUAUUACUCGGAAUGGCCUGAUGAGCAUGGAGUGCGGGAGGCGGAGGACAAGAUCCACUGGCUGGUGA